AUGGGACUAAUUAGCGCUAUAGUUUGGUUGUUUAACGAAAUUCAGACAAUAUAUCAUAUUGUAUUAUCUCCUAUAUAUGGAAAUACACAUCGAGAAAGAUUAGAAAGUUUUUACGUUAGUCAAGCGAAAAACUAUGAUUCAUAUAGAAAAAAAUUACUUUGUUGUAGAGAAACAUUAUUAAAUAAAAUACCCGUUGGUGGAAUUUGGAUUGAUAUGGGUGGUGGUACAGGUUUUAAUAUUGAAUAUAUGUCAAAAUUGGAUAGAUUAAAAUAUUAUACAAAAGUUUAUCUCGUAGACUUAAGCCCAUCUUUGUUACAAGUUGCAAUAAAACGAGUUGAAAAAAAUGGAUGGACAAAUGUUGAAAUAAUAGAAGCAGAUGCAACCAUUUGGCAGCCUAAAGAACAGAAAAUUGAUCUAGUUACUUUUUCUUAUUCUUUAACUAUGAUUCCCGAUUGGUUCUUGGCAAUUGAAAAUGCUAAAAAUAUUCUAAAAUUCGAUGGACAUAUCGGAGUUGCUGAUUUUUAUGUUUCAAGAAAAUAUCCUGAACAUGGAUUUAAAUCUCAUUCUUGGUUCCAGCGUGUAUUUUGGAUGGUGUUCUUUGGCUUCGAUAAUGUUAAUCUUUCAAGUGAUCAUCUAUGUUAUCUAAAUAGUCAUUUUGAAACCAAUGAAAUAAUUGAAACACUCAGCUCAGUACCUUAUAUUCCUUUCUUAAAGUUACCUCAGUACGUAUAUAUUGGACAGAAUAACUCUAAUUUAUAG